AUGAGUAACCAACCACCAACCUCUACUACAAAUGUUGAUGAGCAACAACAACAACAAAAUAGUAAUAAUAAUAAUAUUAAUGGUACACAAUUAGAAAGAAUAACACAAUAUUUACAAGAUGGAGGAGGAGGACACCAACAUUUACUUUCACAACAGAAUCAUUUAAAGCCAAAACUAGUAAGAGCUAGUUCAUUGCAGAACUUGCCUUCAUCAAGAGAGACCAAUGGGAUAGCUAGUAAUAGCAUUGGUAUUAAUACGGGUGCACUACCAGUCAACGCAGUGGCAAGUAACAAUGCUAAUCUACUCGACAAGAUGGAUCUGAUCAAGUUUGGAGAGAUUGCCGACCAUCCAGCACCCAGUUCAAAGUAUGAUUUCGUCAAGGUCAAAGUACGUCUAGAAGACCAUUACUAUGUGUUGUCGCGAUUCCUCAUCUCGCGUGUACUCAAUGUCACCAAGGUGGAUGCAGCCGAUUCUGUAAAGAUCUCACUCGAGCUCAAGAAGCGAUUGGUUGACCAGGGACGUCUGCAGAUCAGCCAGGCCGACCUCGAGAGCGAGCUGUUUACGCUGCUGCAGGCGUAUGGAUAUGGAAACGAGUACAUUGAACGGUACCGCAUGACUACGCAGUUCCAUCACCAGCGUGUACCCCUAAUCAUUCUCAUCAGCGGUCCCAAGUGCAUUGGAAAGAGUUAUUUGGCAACUCAGCUGGCCGAGAGAUUGAACCUCUCGACCGUCCUCCAAACCACACUCGUACAAGACCUAAUGCACGCCAUCAUCACCGAGUUGGCAAGUACCAACACUGCUGGAGGUAUCACUAGUACAAGCAAUAGUGGUAACAAAGAUAAUAAUACAUCGUCAAAGGGACCGACGAUGUUUGCAUCAAAAUCAUCACCAACUCAAUCAUCUCAACAAUCACCAUCUGUACAAAGUUCCACACCACCCUCUUCUAUUACUGCUACUGCUACUGCUACUACUACUAUUCCAUCAUCACCAUCAUCAUUCAAAGAGGGAGCAGUACCAUCAUCACCAUCGACUCAGAGUGCAUUGGAGAAACUCAAGAAACCAAAGAUCAAGGGUAUCAUUAUCCCAUUUGUACUUUCGGUCAAUGAAAGAGACCACAUGUUUUUGGUAGAGAAUUGGUUGUCUUGCAAUCCGAUUGCGUUGCGAUACGCAAGAGAGGCAUUUGGCGAUGACCCCGCUCAACAGUGUCGUGGAAUCGUCAAGAAUCUCCAAACCAUCCAAGAAUAUCUAUGUCAAGGUGUACCACCAUUCCAAAGUGUAGAAGUCAAUCCACACAGCCUCUUGGAGACACUCGAUUCUCUUCACAGUGCCGUACUUAAAAGAAUUAAUAAGGCUUAUUCAGGUCACCUACGCGGUUUUGAAUAUGAAUAA